GCGUGUUUGAGACCCCUGGUGUAUACAUGACACGGCAUAUUCCUCCGGCCGCAGGAACUUCGUGCAUGCUGCCCCUGCUCCGCGCAUGCGCGCGAGGGACGAAUGACAGCUCCGAAUCCUCGGGCCUGAGCUCGUCUUCGCCGUGGUUCUUCGUGCGUAGCCGCCGCAAGGGCCACUGCGUGCAAUGGAAUCCCGACCAGGUCUGCCUGGGCCUCUCGCGCCUACACUUCGACAGUCUCUCCCUGUGCCAAGCGUACUGCGAAAAAGACGCACCGAACGCUCGCUGCACUCAACCCAUAGAAACCGGCAUGCUGCACUGCAGCGGCGAAGACUUCCAGGAAGGACGCAAGAAAAAGUGGUGGUACUACGACAGCCUGAGCAGGUCGUGCCGCCCGUGGGAACACGUGUGCCUGGAGAACACCUACGCCAGCCUGCGGGCAUGCGCCGCCGCCUGCCUCAGGCAACACUGAUCCUCAUCGA